AUGAGAAAGUGUGAUAUGAAAUCGUUUUGGUUAGUGGCAGUGGUUGUAGUGAAUGUGUUAUCAGUGUUAAUGGUGGGUGCAGAGGAAUGUGAGACAGAAAUACUGGGGAUGAAGAUAGAGUGCACGUAUUACAUGACGAAGAGCGAUCCAAGAAUUUUGGAUCCGAAUCCCCAGUGCUGUAAAGCCAUUGCUGAUGCACAUAAAAAACUAUCAUGCUGGUGCAACAGUCUCGCUCGGAAAGUUGGUGUGUUCCCACUUUUUCUUUCUUUUUCCCUCUCAGUUUAUCUUUCAUUCUUAAUCCUUGUUGUCAUUACUAUGUUGUUUCAUCACUAA